AUGCCCUUUAAUUUCGCUAUACAGGGUCGCACAGAGUGCCGCAUCCCCUUGUCUCCUCAUAUCCGCAUCAAACUCGGCCCCUAUCUCCUCCGCUCACGUACUACUCUUCCUGGUCCGCUCGCUUCUGGCUUUGUAGAGGCUGCCCUUCUUGGCUUACUUGCUUCAUCUGGAGGCAGCUCGAGUGUUAUCGCCUCCACCGGGACUUGUGCCACUUCCCUAACUAGUGAAACUCCCUCCGUUGGCGGUGGCGCUCAAAUUAGCCCAACUGGUGAAUCUGGUAUCGAUCGACCACGCCUUGCUGCUGAUGGUGCCGAGAACCUACCUUUGGGGCGACAGUUGGGAGCUCUGAGUGAUACAUCACUAAUGUCAAUAGUCGAGCCUGUCGCCAGUAUAGAGAACGCUUCUUCAGCUGUGGGGUCUCCGGUCGAAGUCCAGCUUGGAACAACCCCUUCUGCCACUGUUACUGCUCCUUCCUCUGUGGCCUCAUCCUCAGGGUUGCUAUUUAAUUCUCAGAUUGCUGGCGGGGAGGCACAGCGUUUUGCCGCUGCUUCUGUGAUGCAGCAAAUGCGGUUGGCUGAGCAUGGCCUGGAGCUUCUUACACAUCAGAUCAAUAAGUAA